AGUUCGGGCGCUGUGUAGCUCAUGGAGUUGACUGCGUGGCUCUGGUGCAAGCAAGGCAGAACAAGGACGCGACCGAGGCCGGGUGCUGGAGCUGGGCAUGUCGGGAGGUUUAAACGUCGGUAAAGGAAUUCCGCCAGUCGUCCCGAGUAGAGGCUUAUUGCAGUUUAUGGUGCGGAAUCCUGCGCAGCAGUAAGAUCCAUCGAUCGGUGAACACCAACAUGUGGAAAUUUGUGAGAGUGGGUUUAGUCACCGCCGGCCUCAGUCUAGUGGCAGCACCAUUGGUUGUGCCGGCCCUUGUAGCAACUCUUGGAUUCACAAGUGCUGGUAUAGCCUCAGGAAGCGUGGCAGCGUCAGUGAUGGCCUCGUACGGAGGGGCUGUGAGUGCAGGCAGUGCCUGCGCUAUUCUGCAGAGUAUUGGAGCGACGGGCACUUUGGCUGGGUCUGGUGUCAUGGCUGUAGUGGGAGCAUCUGCGGCUGGAUUGGGAAUGGCCGUUGGUGAGGCUGAGGAUGCGGAAAUGGCCGCCGAGAUCAACUGCGUCACACCUGCUGAGGACGAGAACAAUUGCCUCACACCUGCCGAGGACGACUGACAAGAGGAGCGUGCGAGCGACUCUCAUUGCUUCAUUGCUUCUAAACGUAGUUUGCUUGGGAGAACUCAUUGAGCUGAUUUUGGAUGAUUUCUUUAUGUGUCAUAACUCGAGCACUGUAAUCCUUGUAUGUUGCCAAUUUGCCACUAUCCCCAUCAACUGCAUUCCUCAGUAUCAGAUGUAGAGAGAUAGUUUACGCAAGAUUUUAUUCUAAAUCGGAUUAUAUAGAUCUAAAUGUAUGAACCAGACGCUGUGUUCCUAAAGUGACGUCUUGAGGCUGAGGUAUGGCUCGGAGCUGUAAUCGCCAUCUCUCAUCUCAUUCCGUAACACCUGAUGAGUUUUGAUGGUUCAACUCUGAGGUCGGUCUUCUGAUGAUUAAACUUGCGGGUUAUUUUGACAUUAUAUAUUGAUGUUGAUCUUAUGAUCCAGCGAAGCUCUAGCAGUAGACAUGAAUUUCUGGUGCGAGGACUUCGAUGCGAGUGCGAGGACUUCGAUGAUAUGCUCUAGAUUGGUCAGCCUCGAGUGAAGGAGGUCUGAUUAUCAUGGGCCUCAAGUUCUCCCUAUUUUGGUGUAUAAUGACAUUUUUGUUGCUGAGAGCAAAGAACGUCUCACCUACUAACCCGCAGGCAAACGGACCUGUCCCUCCGUCCAAUCUUCAUGGCCAGCGAGUUAGACAGGCCACCGUCCACACGAUCUGGGGAAGUUUACUCAUACAUGUCUGUUGUAGAGCUCCUGAAUACGGAGGUUGCGAAUUGUUAGCGUCUCACAUGCCCUUCCAGACUUUACACGGCCAUGAACGACUUUAGAUCCUCCAUAAGCUUCUGCGCUGAGAUGUCGUCUCCUUGAAGAUUCUCAGG